CAACAAUCUCUAGUAAUCAUACACCAAUCUUUUGAUUUUCAAAAUCUGUCCCAAACCUCAUUAAAUCCAAUCGGACCCAAAAGAUCCAUUCUAUUACUACAAACAAGUUAAAAAAACAACGACAAGAUGAACCCAACCAAAAAUCUUGAUUGAUCUUGAUGAAUAAGAUCUGUUGCAAUCAAGAAAACAAAAUUAUACAAAAACCCCUCUUUCUCAAGCAAGAUUUCCAUGGAGAGAAAAGGCCAAGAAAGGGAUUUAGAAAUCCCUAAUUUCCAAGAAUCACCAUUGAAGCUGCCACUCGCCCCCAUCCUCUCCGCCCCAUCUGACCGGAAACCUAAUCCGGCGGCCGGAGCGGCCUCCGGCCGCCGCGGCAGCUCAAUUUUUAGCCCCGUUCAAACCCUAGAUCCACCGGAAAAUCCAAACCCCCGCCAGCUCCACCUCAGCCCUAGCCCUCCCCAACAUCUACUUGCACAGAGAGAACCCACCCCAGAUUCACCGCCGCCGCUGGCGGCGGCGGAUGCCGACGCCGGCGCGGACUCCAAUUCCUCAGUCAGAUACCGGGAGUGCCUGAAAAACCACGCCGCCAGAAUGGGCGGUCACGUCGUCGACGGAUGCGGCGAAUUCAUGCCAGGUGGAGAUGUCGGCACGCCGGAGUCCCUGCGCUGCGCCGCCUGUGAUUGCCACCGGAGCUUCCACCGGAAGGAAAUCGACGGCGAGCAGCCUCAUCACUUCUCCCAUCAACGGGGCGCAUUUCUCCACGGCGGCCAAGCCACAUACUCACUGCCGCCCCCGCCGCACCACCGCCGCCGUCACAAGGGCGGCACCCCCACCGCCGCCGUCGCCGCGCCUUCCGUAAUGUUCAAUUUCGGCGUCGGCGGGCCGGCGGCGGAGUCCUCCAGCGACGACCUCAACAUGUUCCGCCACCAAACAGUAUCGCCGCCGUCCCAUUCCCGGAAACGAUUCCGCACGAAAUUCAGCCAAGAUCAGAAAGAUCGAAUGCUCGAAUUCGCGUCGAGAAUCGGUUGGAGAAUUCAGAAACACGACGAGGAAGACGUCCAACGCUUCUGCAACGAUGUGGGCGUGAAAAGACAAGUCUUCAAAGUCUGGAUGCACAACAACAAACAAGCUUCCAGAAGAAGACAACAACAAGAUCAAAGAUCAUUGACCUAAUUAAGGCAAGACAAUUGAAUUAGGUUUUCACAAUUACCCUAAUUUGACUUCAUAUUAAUCCCCAAAUUUCAUUCAAUUUCACCCAAUUUCUGUAAAUUAGGUCAAUAUUUAAGAUGAAAACUAUCAAAAAGCUUGAAUGUAUUGUUCAUGGAGUCAGCCAUCACUUAUUUCGCAAAAUAUAAACCUAAACAGCAGAUUCUCAAGAAAAUGAAACAAAAGGAUGUGUAUUUAAAUAUAUAUAUAUAUGUAC